UGCACACUCCCGGUCCCGGUGAUCCGGUUUGGUUCGGGUUGGAGUUGGUGCUUCCGCUGAACCGCUGGUGAUCACCACCCGCUAAACAUUUCACGGCAGAAAUGAUGAAAAGAAAAGCCGGUAUUAUGAAAAUUAACAACCAGAGUCCCAGUGCAGCACCGGAGAAAGUGAAAACCCGAUCGGCCGCCAGCAAGGAGGCGCAGGAGCAACAAAAGUUGAACGGGUCACCGCUAGCCACGAAGGAUUCCGCGGCUUCCAAAGGAAGCAAGCAGCAGCAGCAGCAGAAGAAGAGGGCUUUAGUCCAGGCAGCCUCCCCCGAGAGCGGUGCAGUUAACCGACCAUCGGUGGGCGGCGAGUCCAGCAGUAGUGGUGGCGGCGGAGGCGGUGGCGGUGGUGGUGCCCGUACCCGUCGACAGCUGCUGAAGAGAGAACGUGUGGAAGGAACGGAGACAGUGAAAAAAGGCGACGCACUGAACGAAUCGGGUUCGGUCGAUUCGGAUCCGCUGCAGAAACCCACCAAGAAGUCACAACAGGGGCACGAGGAUCUGUCAGAGCAACAACCAUCAUCAUCCGUGUCACCACCACUGCUAGGCUUUGACGAGGCGGAUCCACAGGACACUUCGGAGAGAUUCCCGAUACGACAGCAGGAGCUAGUUUUCGCGAGCUGUUCUAAAAGGCUCCGACUGCAGACCACCAUCCCGUACACUAGUACCGAACAGGACGACGACGACGAGUUUGGUGCCGAAGGAUCGUCCUCGUCGACGGCUUCCGCUGUGGAGGACAUCGAAGAGGAGAUGGACCACGCCGGUGGUCUGGUGACCGCGGGGAGCCGAGCGCGCAAAUCCGUUAAGCUCGAGAAAGUGGACACCGAGGAGACGGUGGUGGACGAUGAGGGGUCGACAACGAUCUUCAUGACGGAGGAGGACUACCAACUGCAUCAGCAGCAGCAGCAGCAGCAAGAUGAACAGUCCGCGAUGGAUGAGUACGACACGACGGGACCGGGGGGCGGCAACGAGGACAUGGAGGACACGGAUGGCGGAGGGGCGACGGGUGCUGCCUACGGUGGUGGUAACAGAUUGUUCCGCAAGAAGGUGAAACGAAAAAUCGCCCGAACUUCGGGCAGUUUUGGUGGCGGUGGUGGUGGUGGUGGCAGUAGUGGCGAGGGCAGCGUCGUCGGAAGCAACGUCACGAUGUCGUCGGUCAAGGCGAAGGUUCAGAUGUUGCACGAGUUCCCGACACUGUUUCUCGGGCUCCGGCGGAACCGCAUGUUUCUCGUCACCUCGCUCGCCCAGUCGUUCGACUUGAACCAGCGCGACAUCAUUCUGGCGUUGCGCAAGAUCAAACUGAACGAGAGCAGCGCCCGGCUCGGAAUGGUGUUCGGUGUCGACGCCAACGAGGUCGACGUGCUGGUCCACACAAACGUGCCUAAGAUUGCGGACUGUUUGCGCAACUUCAUCCUUUGGCCGGACGAUUUCACCAUGAAGAUGAACGUGCCGAUCAAGCUGCGGCAGCACUUUAACCGGAUCCACCUAAUACUGAACUACCUGGUGGUGCGCCUGAAGUCGAACGCCGUCCGCACGCUCACCGCGCUCGCCGACGUCGACGCGACGGCGAGCUACUGUCAGGUCGAGCAGUGUCACAAGGUGAAGUUUCUGAUCGCGUCGACACUGGACGGCUGCGUCUGCUUCGUGUCCCGCGCCUUCGCCUUCCAGACGGACGACGAGCAGGUCCUCAGCCAGUCCGGGUUUCUCACAAAGUUCAAGACCAACACGAACCUGAUCGCGGGCAAGAACUUUCACCACUUCGAGGAUCGGCUUGCCAACGGGCACCAUACGGCCGAUCACACCAACAACAACGGUGCGAUGGGGAACCAUGCGGACGACGAGGCGGACCACUUCGAGGACAUCGUGUCGGAGAAGAUCAGCAAAAGCAGAACGUUCAAGCUGAAGAGCUACAUCGAGAACAUUCUGGAGAAUUUCCAGAGCUACCAGAUGCUUCACCCGCAGACGUGCAUCGAUGGCCGAACGUUUUCGCUGCUGGACGACAUCGUCGUGAUCGUGGGGGCCCUCAUCAACCUGCAGAAGCAAGAAAUCGAAUAAGGGGAAGGCAGCGCAUCGAUGGGAGUUGAUUUCAUCGCGAGAUACGCAUCGCGCCUGGUGGACGAGGCGAGCCGGGGGGACAAGCGCGACCACGCGUAGCCGAUAGAGCCCGUGAGCACAUCACGCCCUUCUUCUUACCGUGCAGUGUCACCGAGAUGCAAUGGGGCGACGAUGGGUGUAGUGAAGCCAUAGGAGAGCGAGUCUUAUACUUAUUCUAAAUGCAAAGCUCUUAAUUUUUUCCGUUUUUCUUUUUCCUAAACUGUCGAACCUGAUUCAGCAUCGAUAAGAACUUCCCGUGGAAGUUGUACACCCUGGAUCCAAUCGAAGAAACAAAGCCAAGCCCCUACAACUGAGAAACAAAUUUCCCAUUGAUCUGUACAGAACCGCACUCGUUUCGGUGGUCUCCCUGUCGGAACCCAGCCUCGGAGAUACGGGAAGAAGAGGGCGCGACUCGCGGCGAACGUCGCGGAAAACGAGAUUCUAUUUUUCCCGUUUUUGUGUGUAAUUUUCUUUCACACCGUGGUUUACUGUGUAUGUACAGUAGAUGUAAGUCAUAGCAGAAUGCAUAUAAUAGUGGAGAAGCUGCUUAUUGUAAGCCAACAAACCGAGUUUUGUUGGAUCGUGAAGAAGGCGCUACGUGUGUUUCAAAAGUGUGCAGCGCUCCGUGGAAGGACACAGUACACGGAAAAGGGCCGCUUAGUAAAUGAAGAUAGGAGUGUGUUAGGAAAAAGGAGUCGCCGUCAGCGAUAGGAUUGGGGAAACGUGGUUAAUAAUAUGUAGUGUGUGAAGAAGUGAGCCUUGCCCCCAUUGGUCAUUGCACUUUCGCGGGUUCUGCUAAAACGAAACGCUUCGUUGUACAAAGAAUGACUUUGUUGUAAAAGACGUGACACAAGGUGCAGAUAUUAGUGUAUCUUGGCAAAAUAUACAUACGAUUUACGCGGGAUCACUGCGUGCGCACAUCCUUAUCUUACUAAGAAGCUUUGUUUGCAAGCGAGCUACAUCAUCAACCGGGAACUGCGAAGCGCAAUAGCACAUGCGCGCGCAGAUGUUUGAAAUUCUUUCCUCUCACCUUUACAGCAACCAAUGCAAGACGAAAGUGAGUGAAAACACUCUGAUGCAGACAUUUUGGCGGUACCGAACAACUACGCAAUCGCGAACUAAUUAGACUAAAACAGCCUUGCGGGGUUGCAAAAUCCAUAUGUUGCAGGGAGCAUACAAGGGAAAACAAUAGAAAUGUUACGAAGCUAAUGGGCGUUGGUGACCACAGAGAGAGAGAGAGAGAGAGAGAGAGAGAGAGAGAGAGAGAGAGAGAGAGAGAGAGAGAGAGAGAGAGAGAGAGAGAGAGAGAGAGAGACAGAGAAGAGAAGUCUAACGGUGGUGUGCUGUCGAUUAUACAUUGUGCAGAAAACAGUAACAGAAAGGAUGAUGCUUUUAAAACGCUAUGCGCACUAACAUUGCUGCAAACAAUAGACAAAGAUUAGAAAUCGAAGUAAGAAUGUAGCGCUUUACUGUGAAGUGCUUCACAGUAUGUGGGACAAAGAGUUAGAGCCGAACCGAAAAAACACAAUAGAAAAUAGUGCAUAAAGAUGUAAAACCCCGACAAGCGAUGACCGAAACGCCCCAACGGCGGGACAGAAGUAAGUGCGAGAGAGUGCGUGUGGGUGUGAAAGGGAACUGAUACGAGCGCGUGAGGGUGUAUGAAAAAUAAACUGAUUGGCUGCGAGUGACUGAAACCUUUUGACAUAAACUAAUGUUCUUAUGAUAAAACAUACUAUAUGUGCGCGUGUGUGCAAUCCGGCUUUCUCUGGUUUCACCCCAAAGGUACCGUAGGGCUGCUCCGCACACACCCGGCAAAUGGUUGUAGGUGAUAAGCAUAUUCGUAGAUAUGAUGAUGCCGAGAGGAGGUGUUAGCCAUAAGCGGGGAGGGAAAACAGAACACAUCAAGGGAAGGAAUCGUGCGACUCAUGCACGGAGUGGAGCGAAGCAUGUCCACCGUGUGAAGGAUUGAAAUAUACGUAUAUGGAUAUAUGAAAAACGGAGAAAGCACCGAAAGGAUGAGAAAUAAACAAUACACGAGAGAAAGACAGACUGCAUGAUUGCGAAGAAGAAAAGAGAGCGAGAAAACGAAGGAAUUUGGCAAUGGCCAAUGAACGAAAGAAAUGGCAAAGGAUGAAUCUGGUGUGGAAUGGAGAAGAGGUUAUGCUGUUAUGGGAUGGCGCAAGGUGGCGAAAUAAAACACUUACAAUACACUCCCACGAGAAGGCCCCCGCAGACGUGUUAAGUGGAAAACUAAACUCUUGCUAAACGUUUCACACAAUCCCCGAACCACCCACAGAUGCAUUCUUAUUCAACUGAUACUAAGCAUGAUUGAAACCGAAAGGCCACAUACUUGUUGCGAUAAUAUCAAGCAGAAAGCAAACCCUUACACACGGCGCACGAACCAUCCCGGAUUUCGGAAGGCACCUGUAAAUAGAAAAGGAAAAU